AUGGAUCAAAUACCUAUACCCGGCAGUCUCGAUGAGGUUGAGCAUCUGGUCAACAGGCUCUACGAGCAGAAUUCCUCCUCAGCUAUUUCUCAAAUCCAAGAGGUUCUCCAGAGACUACAGAAGUCACCCGAGGGAUGGCAGGUAGCCGAGGGGCUCCUAGCGCGACACGCUGAUAAUGUCAGAUUUUUCGGUGCUUUAACUUUCAUUGUGAAGUUAAACACUGAGCCGCUCAACGACGACGACGCAGGCUCAGUGCUUCAGAAACUCAUUGACGGGCUACUGAAGAGCUUGGAUGCUGGGGCUGGAGCUAUCGUUAUAAGGAAGCUCUGUUCCGCUCUGGUCACCCACUUCAUCCAGUACUCUCAUAUAUGGCCUUUGUGCCUUCGCUACGUCGUGUCUUGCCUCCAGAACAGUCAUAGUGGGAGCAUACAAAGCGCCGCACCUGUCGACCCCGAUGUGCAAAGCCUACCACCACAGAAGUCUGUGGCAGCGAUAUGGUUUGCCACAGCUCUGGCUGAAGAGGCCGAAAAGACUGAUUUGAAGUCUACGAAAUAUAUCAGCUUGCAUGAGCGUAUGCUGAGCAAUGCACAAGAUCUAGGGUCCUUACUAGUUCGUUCACUCGCAGGGCAAGCAGAUAUACAGAGCCAAAAAGAGGCCAUACGAUGCUUUCAAGCCUGGCUUCUAUAUGCUCAACGUGCGCCCAAUGAGGAACUGACAUCAAAUCUACGGCCUUUGCUCCAGCCAACUAUCCAGUGUCUCGUCAACGAUGAGCUCUAUGAAGCCGCCGUCGAGGUACUGACUGACACGCUCAGCAACUGGCAGACCUUCUUCAAGCAGGUUGACUACAGUCUGCUUUAUGCUUUAUUCGACAGUCUUUGGGCCCAGGAAAAAUAUCAAAGUCUGCUCCAGGGUGAUUUUGAUUUCGACUCUGUUCAAUUCGGCUCGCUGAUGGUUGCCUUUGGAGAUGCCCAAAUCACCGAAUUGAUGGAUGGAACAAACGAGAGGUCGCAACGCUUCCUUGCUGCGCUGGUAGGCUUGCUCAAAGCGGAUGGAUACCCCGUCGCCGAGGAUAAAAUUUUCGUGCCGGCGCUUGAGUUCUGGUCUCAAUUUGUUGAGAGCAUGGUUGACAACAUGUAUUCGGAGCCACAAGAAAGCGUCAACUGGAACGCACCGCCCCUGUCCUACUUGACACAGCUUGUAUCCCAUUGCUGGAAAAAGAUACAAUAUCCUGCCAUGGGUGUCUACAACUCUUGGGAUUCCACUGAACGCGUUGGCUUUGGUGAUGCCCGAAAGGAUGUCUCUGACUUGCUGCAAUCGGUAUUCGCGAUCUCGGGGCAGCCCUUGAUAACACUUUUUGUGAACCUGACUCUUCAGGGCGUUUCAAACGCAGCCUGGUCUGAAUUGGAAGCCGCUGCGUUUUGUCUGGGUUCGCUCUCUGAUUGUGUAUCCGACUCUACUAGCUGUGAUGACAUAUUGAGCAAAGUUUUCGGGUCUCAGCUCUUUGAUCUUCUUCGCCAAGGCCAGUCUGUGGUACCUGUGCGCGCAAGGCAAACUUGCCUUUCCUUGAUUGAACGUUACUCGGAAUAUUUCUCACGACAUGCAGAAUAUCUACCGGCAGCAUUAAACCUCUUAUUCAGUGCUGUUGGUGACUUACCGCUAGCAGGGCCCUCUUCCAAAUCUAUCCACAGAUUAUGCUCGUCAUGUCGAUCUGUACUCACUUCAGAGGUCGAUGCCUUUCUUGACCAAUACGAAGCGCUUAGAGGUGGGAUUUUAGACUCACUGGCCGAAGAACGCAUAGUUGGGGCUAUCGCCUCGAUCAUUCAAGCAUUGCCCAAUGACACCGAUCGGGUUCAUGCUUUUAAACGACUAAUGUUGGCGUUCGGAACGGACGUUGAGAAAGCUCUUCAACUGAAGGCCUACAAUGCCAAUGUCGAUUCCCAAGAUCCCAUCGUGGCUCGUGCAUACGAUGCGGCGCAACGUCCAACGGAACCAGUCUCGUCAUCUGAAAUUGGCCUUCAGAUAGCAGUCAGGGCACUACGAUGCCUACUAGGGAGCGCCAAAGGCUUGCAGUCGCCAUCAGAAUCAUUUGUCGACCUCGAAACAGAACAGAAUGCUACUGUAGUUGCCUCUUCGGCCGAGCUUGCACAAGUACAACAAGAUAUCGUGGGAAUUCUGGCUCGUUUGAAGGACGAGUUUAGUGUCAGCACAGAAGCUUUAGACGUCAUCUGCUCCAUUUUGAAAGCAGGCUUUUCCGAGACAGAACCAGGUCCCUUCGUCCUGCCACCACAGAUUGUUACUGAAUUUAUAACAAGCACCUGGUAUCAUCGCGUUGCUUCGGCUAUAAGCACAGCUUGCGUCUUCGUAACAUCUCUAGCAAAUGGGAACUUUAAGAAUCAGGUGCCGCAAACCAUAGAGCGCUUACUUCCAUGGGUCGCUGGGCUUCUUCAACAGCUGCAAGAUCCUGAAAAUGACCCCGAGUUGGCGCAAUAUGGUAUCGAAUUUGCACAGAAAGCAAUGACUAAAGCUCCAGGAGUCUUCCUUCAACUGCAACCAACCAGUUCUUUGGAAUACUUGUUCAUGUUCGCUAUCAAGAUGCUCAGUGGCAAUGAACCGCUGCCAAAAGCAGCGGCGGCCGAGUUCUGGACCAAUUUUAUCACAUUGAAAUCGUCCGAUCAGGGUACGCAGGCAGCAGUUGACAGCGCUAUUGGUCACCUUGGACCUAUUCUGGCCCAUACGCUCGUCCAGAAUAUUGGUGGCAAGGCCUCUCGCAGCGAACUGGACAAGAUCAGUGAUCCAUUAAAGAAGCUAGUUGUCCAGCAUGCUCGUGCUAAGCAGUGGCUAGAGGCUGCUUUGAACGAUGCCUCAUUUCCUAGUGAUAAGGUGUCAGCUGGUGACAAGGCUCUCUUCGUGAAAAAGGUUAUCAGUCUGCGAGGAAGUAGAGCGACCAACCAAGUUGUGCGAGAAUUCUGGCUUGCCUGCAGGGGAUCCAACUUUGCUUACGCGUCAUGA